AUUGACCUCAAUCGAUUAUUUCUGCGAACACUUCGGAAGUGAGGUUAUUUCGAGUUUCUCGAAGUGCUCGUGGUGCUGUUGCGGAAUUUUCUCUCUUUAUAAUACAACUCGAAUGCUAGUGCGAAGUGCGCUAUGGUGCGCUAGUACAACUUUAGCAGAUUGCGCGGGAAUGCAUGUCGAACAGGAACAAAUAAAUAAGCAAACAUAAGCCGAGUAAUUGUGAUGACAGAUUUAUUUGACAUCGCGAACUUAAUCACGGCCGUCGGCGUCGAUGGCGUGAAGAUUAAACAGGAGCCCGGGCUUCCGGAAAAAUCGUCUAAUGAGAUUCUAACAGAGCUGUUCAGCACCUUUGACACACCGGACGACGGCGUCGCGUCGCCGUUAAAUAGCGUCCAGCAGGUGUCGAAUGGCGAUGUUGACAAGACCGAUAAGUCGGAUGAACUUCAAACGAAGAAGAAGAAGAUCAAGAAGAAACAUAAACACAAAGAGAAAAAACACAAGAAGAAAUCAAAACACGAUUCCUCGGAUAAUAGCGAUGCUGAUGGUAUCAAAAGAAAGAAGAAACACAAGAAGAAAUCCAAGCGAAGACAUGAAUCUGUUUCUAGCAGGUCAUCCGACUUGGGUCAAAGUAGUAAGGCCAAAAUAGCAAAGAUGAAUGAUGAUAAGGAUUGUGGAGACACCAAAUAUGAUAAUGCAAAAUCACAUCUUGAGGUAUCAGAAAAAAUUAAUGUGAGUGAUGAGGGAAAGCCAGAUGAUAUUCAUGAUCUAAAGAAAGAUUCAGAUACAACAGACAAACUCUUAGAUAAUCCUGGGAGUCCUCAGUUACCACCUAUAUCAAAAAAGGAUGAUGAAUCUGAUGAGCCAGUGAUACCUAAACUUCUUGAAAAAUCAAAGCAGCCUUCUCAAGGAAAAAUAUUGAUAAAAGAUCUCAAAAAUAGUACUGUUUAUAAUGAAACAGUAAAAGCGAUAGAAAAUAAGCAAAAGGCGAAAGCUGCAGGAAUGGAAGAUGGUGAGCUGUCUGACAGCAGCAGUGAGGAUAAUAUUAGGACACCUACAUUGAGUCCUACUCCGCCUCGAAAUCGAUCAUCAUCGUUCAGCCCAAGUAGAGAUAAAAUAAGAAAUAAAAUGUUCAGUCCAACAAGGGGUUCGGUGACUUCAAAGACUGAUCUUAGACUAGUCUUGAAAGAGAAGGAAAGAAAAAGAAGCACAAAAGAUAAGGACAGUCAUUCACAAGACAGAAGGUCAAGAUCACGAACGCGAUAUAGCUCACGUGGUAGUAGGAGUGACAGGAGAGAAAAACAGAGGAGCAGGAGCAGAGAAAGGCACGAAAGGAAUAGGAGCAGUGAAAGAAGAGACUUUGGCAGAAGCAGAGAAAGAUAUAGAUAUAGAAAUCACAAUGAAAAUAAAGACAAAUAUACACGAGGUCGAAGUGUGAGCAGAGAAAGAAAGUUAAUAUUGCAUUAAAUUUGUGUUAUUAUCCAUUAUAUAAUUCCAUAUAAAAUUAUGUUUUCAGAUUUUUGUAAAUCAUUAUCUAAGUCUGAAGCAUUAGGCGAAUUAUCUAGUAUCUCUUCUGAAGGAGAAGAAAGUGAAUCUGAAAAAGGAUUUCAUCAUCCUUUUCUUUUAAAAGAAAGACCCAGUUCUAUUAUAAUGAAUAUUAAGGAUGCAAAACAAUUACCAACAAAAACGUUCCAAGAAAAAACAGCUGAAACAUCAAAUCAAUUGAGAUUGCAGUUUCCUGUUUCCAGUGGACAACAUCAUAGAAGAAGCGAAAACGAGUGGGUACCUGUUACGCCAAAGAAACCAGAACCAAAAAAGAUAUUUGUACCAGCUUCUACAAAUGCAUCAUCGAUUAUAAUGCCACCAUCUCCUGUGCAACCUGUGCAACCUGUGCAACCUGUGCAACCUGUGCAACCGGUGCAAUCUGUGCAACCGGUGCAACCAGUGCAAACCGUUUUCCCAACAACAACGGAGACCAUGGAUAUUGGCUCUAUAGUAUCUGAGAGAUUAGCAGCUAUAAGAAAAUUAAGAGAGAAUCCAAAUGAUGUAAACGCUUUGAAUGCAAUGCAACGGGCACAAAACGAGAUGAAAACUUGGGCUGAAAGUAAGCAGAUACCAGGUCAGUUUACUGGUAGUACAGGAGUUAAAGUACUUACACCUGCAGAAUUGUCUUCAGGUUAUCAAGCCUGGGCACGUAAGGACCAAUUAGUAUCGGCACAGCCUCUGUCAGGUGGGAUGGGUAUGGCGUUACUGCAGAAGAUGGGUUGGCGUCCUGGUGAGGGCCUUGGCAAGAAUAAAGAAGGGGCCUUGGAACCAUUGCAACUAGAGGUAAAAUUAGACAAGAAAGGACUCAUUUCCGAACAGGAUAUUGUGCAAAAAGUUGGCAAAACUGCAAAGCCUAUGGUGCCAAUGAUCAAAACAUUGGAAGGCAAACAUCCAGUGUCGCUUUUAGGAGAAUAUUGCACAAAGAAGAAACUUGGAGCACCAGUUUACGAGUUAUGCUUUGAAUCUGGACCAGAUCACAGGAAGAAUUUUCUUUUCAAAGUAAAAGUAAAUGGCAUUGAAUAUAAGCCGAGUGUUGCAAGUUCAAACAAAAAACAGGCAAAAGCAGAAGCAGCACAAAUAUGUUUACAGAACUUAGGCUUACUGCCUUCUUAAUCGCAUGCACCGAUAUAAUCGCGCAAGGAGCUUAUUAAUUGCUGUCGCAUAUAAUUCUUCAAUUUUUCACAGAAAAAUAAAAUGUAAUGCCAUAUAAGUGACUAAUUCGUGAAGAUGUGUUAAUAAUGUCGCGAAAAGUUAAAUGACUGAUAUAUUGCCAAAUUCUUAUAACCAUCUAUUAAAGUUAAUUUAAACUGGUGCAAUGGCAUACAUAGCAAGAUGUACACACAACUACGUAUGCAAAUAGUUACAUAACUUUCUCAAAUUUAUUUCCAAUAGCAAAAAGAUGUACAUUAUGCUAUUAGAGUAUUCAUUGGUUGCCUGAAGAAUUAAAUAUUGAGGUAUAUUUUUAUCUGCCUUC